GGUGUAUGAAGAAGGCGCUGCUUCUGAAAAUGGUGUCGCAAACAAUUGAGCUUUUGAAGAACGAGUUGCCUCUGGAGCAGGAAUUUGUGGUUUUGCCUGAAGAUGUUGUCACUGGUCUUGUGCUUGUCGACAUUAUCAAUGGAUUCUGCACUGUCGGUGCUGGAAACCUGGCCCCAAGAGAACACAACAUACAAAUUUCGAGGAUUAUCAACGAAUCAGCAAGACUGGCAAGACUUUUCUGCGACAAGAAAUUGCCUGUUAUGGCGUUUGUCGAUUCUCAUCAUCCUGACAAGCCCGAGGAUCCUUAUCCUCCUCGCUGUAUUGCGGGCACCGAUGAAUCAAAUUUGGUUCCAGAAAACGAAACAAACGAUACAAUCAGGCGGAAAUAUUGCUACGAUGGAUAUUUGGGUGCCAUGGAAGUAGAUGGUUCAAAUGUUUUCGUGGAUUGGGUGAAGAACAAUCAGAUCGAAGCUAUACUGGUAGUUCGGGUGUGCUGGAUUUCGUGUGUUCAACAUUAUCGGCAAGGAAUCGAGGAUUUCUGGCUCCUCUCAAGGAUGUUAUCCUGUAUUCACGUGCUUGCGCAACCUUUGACGUUCCCCUUCAGGUUGCCAGAAACACCAAAGGAGUUUUGCCUCACCCUCAGGAAUUCAUGCAUCAUGUAGGGCUUUACAUGGCAAAAGAGAGGGGAGCCAAGAUAGCAAAUGAAGUCUCAUUUGGAGCUCCAAAAUAGUCCCAUAAGAUGGUUAGAGGUUGGGGAUAUAUGCGCCUAAGUAUAAGAUCAAGUAAUGUAUAACUAUGAAGUUCAACAUUUACUAAUAGCAUGUAUUUGUAUAUGCCCUGUUUCGACAGCAAGAGCAAGGGGACUAAUGGCAGCAAUAUAACCUUUGUUCCAACUUA